GUGCACUGAGUGUGAGCCCCACCCUGGCACUGUUCAGAGAAUGGCGUGCUGUGAGUGCUUACACUCAGGAUAUGUCCUCUCUGCAAAGUUAACUCAGGUAAUUGGCAUCUGGGUUAGCCUAGCCUGGGUGUGAGCAGCUACAGUGAAAAGCCCUGCCCGACUUACUGUGUUCUCGCUGGUGCUGAACUCCCAUGUGGCACUAGGACAUCUCGGCGCACAUCCUAGGAUUCCUUGUGCUGCAGUAAAUUGAACUUCUCUAUGAAUUUUUCCCAAUGAAUUGUGGGAGCAACUGUCUGUCCUUCUGCAUGAAGAGAACUGUGGGAAGGCAUUGGAUGACUAUCAGCAUUCUGGCUGAGACACUGACACCAGAGCAGAUAACAGAGUACAAAGGCGUCUUUGAGAUGUUUGAUGAAGAGGGCAAUGGGCUAGUGAAAACAGAUGAACUGGAGAAGCUUAUGAGCUUGAUGGGAAUCAACCCAACCAAGAGAGAGCUGGUGACAAUGGCAAAGGAGGUGGACAAAGACAAUAAGGGCACCUUCAACUGCGACAGUUUUCUGGUUUUGAUGGGCAUUUAUCAUGAAAAGGCUAAAAACCAGGAUGAAGAGCUGAGGGCAGCAUUCAAGGUCUUUGAUAAGGAACACAAAGGCUACAUUGAUUGGAAUACACUCAAGUAUGUACUGAUGAAUGCUGGAGAACCACUAAAUGAACAGGAGGCUGAACUGAUGAUGAAAGAAGCUGAUAAGGAUGGAGAUGGAACAAUUGAUUAUGAAGAGUUUGUGGCCAUGAUGACUGGAGAAUCCUUUAAGCUUGUUCAGUAGAGUCCUGCAGAAGAACCAUAUCCUUUGUUACAAAGAUCCUUCCUAGACACCCUCACCUGCAGGGGCUGCAAUUCCUCUCAAGAUGCCGUGAUCAGGAGAUGUCUCUGAACACCACUCACACACUACCCAAGUCUGAGGAACUUCACCUGGCAUUCACAGCAGGAGGAAGCUACAGACCAGAGCACAGCUGAGAGACUCCUCUCACAGCAGGCAUGGAAGCUCUUGCAGGACAGAUUCAGUUAUUCAGGGAAGCUGUUUUGGGCCAUGGAAAUUGUACAAGAGCCAUAAUUUAUGUUUAUUAAUAAACUUUAUAAAGAAGGUUUUUCCAAUAUGGCUUUAAAAAGUCCUGUGAAAGGAACAUAGUGUACUUAGGAAAGGAAUGCAUGUGCUUUGCCAGGACUCUCACUUCUCCUGUAUAAAUCAUUCCUGGGACUGAGAAUUGCUCCCAGGUCCACACCUACUUUUAUCCAUCUCAAAAAGAGUUCACACCUUGGUUAGAAAUGCCUAAACUUCACUUCUGCAUGGCGGACUAAAUAAAGCUACCCGAGGGAGUGCAUGAGAACAUGAGUCACAUUGCACUGAAUUUCAAGCUCACAAUAAUUCAGUGUUUCAAGUGGGCUUGGAAAAACAUUGAGGAAACCUGUGAAAAGAUUCAGUCAGGGUUGGGUAGCAGAUGGAAAAGUUUGUAAUGCUGCAAGCUGGUUCUGAACCAGAGCAUAGCACAUAAGGGGAAGGGCAUUGGACUUGGGGAAAGCAGAAGGAAUCCUUGUAACACUGCAUGUCUGUGCUCCAGAGUACAAGUGGGUUAAAGCAAGCUAUUAAGUCAGGAGAAAGCACUAGAGAAUUGGUCCAUCCUGGCACAUGCGCUGUUCAUUGUGGGCCAAAUUUUCAAAAAUAUUUAGGCACCUAAAGGUGCAGAUGGCACUUUUGAAAAUCCAUUUGGUGCCUAUCUGCCACUUUAGAUACCAAAUACCUUUGAAAAUCCAGCUGUUUGCCCCUAUAUUUUAGAAUGAACUAGAAGUUAUUUCUUUUAACCUAUCUGUACCCUCUUGCUCCAUAAAGCUUUUUAAAUUCAGAAGACCCAACACUCAAUUCUUGCUGGUGGGGAGGAAGGGGGAAGCUCAUAGGAUCUCUGGCCAAAAGCAUGUGCUACCCUGUGAACUGAACAUAGUGCUUAUUUCUGCAUAAGAACUAGGACUCUUCCUCCUGCAUCAGGAGGUUAUUGAAAUGAAGUACUGUAGUCAAGUGAAGAUAUUCACCUGAAGACAAACACUCAAAAGGCAGCAGUUGUGGUUUUGGACUAUAUUUGAGGAACAUAUAUGUUGCAAUGGUUUAACUAAAGAUGUGAUUUUAAACUGAUUUAGUUAAUCUAGUGCAAACCCCUGUGCGGACACUCUUAGUUCAAUUUAAACCAGAUUUAUUGCAGUGUAGCUUAAAUAAGUUGGGAAUCAGCUUAAGCUAAAACAGCAAUGAGCCACUCUUAACCAAAAUAAGAGUGUCCAGUUUUUAAACUGAUUUAAGUUAAAUAGUCUCAACUCUCUUAUAUAGACCACGCCUAAACAAAUGCUAUCUCACAGGCAGGAGUAAAACUGAGCUCAGUUUGCAAGUGACACAAUCCAGUGGCUUUUUAGAAACCAUUCUUUCCAUGAUUCAGAGACCUGAACAGCGAGAGGUUUUUUUGGCAUCUACAAAGCUCAGACAUCAUUGAAAAUAUGAUUGACAGUCUUCUUUAGCCUAUUAUAUAUUUGCAUUGCACUAAUGCCUAGAGGCCUCAGUGAGGGAUCGGGGCCUUCUUGUCCUAGGGUAAUUAUGAAUGGGUCCAUAGUAUUUUCCAUAGCCCACAACCCUCCAGUACAGGAUAGUUCAAGCAGGCAGAGUACACAUAUUCAUAGAUUUCAAAGAGGCUUUGCUUUUAUCCACAAAACACUGUCCAGACCAGUCCUUGUCUUACUCCAGCAGCCACCAAUCACAUCCUCAUGACUCCUCAAGCUCACCACACUUGCUUUGGUCAGUGAGCAAAUGUGACUUGUUUCUACCAGCUCUGAGACGACAUGAAGAGCUCACACAGCACCCAUCUCAUGCUCAGCUAAGGGUCCCACUAGAUCUCUUGCACCUAUAUGCUCUUCUUAUGCAACAAAAGGCCUUCACUCUGUUCCAGCAAUGCAAUCACAGAAACAUUCCUCUAGAGUCCAUGGUCAUCUCCCCUCCUUAGGAAAUUUUCCCUGUCCCAAUCACUACUAGUCUGAACAGACCCUGUGUCCAAACAUGAAAGACUCUCUCUCUCUGAUUCCUAAUAUCUCAUCUUUAUUUACUAGCUUGGUCUUUCCUUUUAACCCUCUAGGGCUCUCCCUUCACUCACCUCUUAAGUAAAAUAAGCAAAUAUUUUUUCAAAUCUGUAUGUUGAUUUUGAACAAGCACAGUUCACCAGGGGGUAAUUCUUUCCCUAAGCUGCCCUGGGGAAAUCCCCCAGCUUCCUGGAAACCACCAGCCUCCCCACCAGACCAAUUAUAAGAUAAUUGAGAGCAGGUUUAAUAUUUCUUCCCAUCAUGGCCACAAACCUUCAGUGGUGGUAACUUCCCAGCACUUGUUUGCUAAUAAAGCCUCCUAUGCAAUGCAGGCUACUGGCUCUUUUGGGAAUAAUUUUACUUGCCUACUUCACAGGGUUGUUGGGAGGGUUCCUGACAUGGUUUCAUUAUUCAGAUGGUGCCAGUCCGUACCAUAAACAAGCACAAGUUGUCCUGGGGGGUGGUAGGGAGUGCCUGGCUAGCCCUUUGUACCUCUGCAAUGGGCAGCAGAUUGAAGAAGCAGGGAGCGCUCUCACCUCACCAGCCAAGGAGGCUGGGGGAUCUGUGGUGGGGAAGGGGAGCUGCACUCCCCACUUGAUCACCUGGGAAUAGGAGCUAGAAUGUGAAAUGAGUUGAGCAGUGAGCUGUAGGCAUCAGUCCUACAAUGUGAGCAGGCCCCAGCAUCUGCACAGAGUCCCACAGCCUUCAGCAGGUCUCUGGUCAGGUGCAGGGGUUCAUUUGCAUACAGUGCUUUGCAGAAUCAGGGCCUUAGUCCAGGUGGUAGCCUCCAUAUCACCAAACCUCCGGCCUGUUUUGGCAAGUCUCAGCGGCGAUAUCUGGGACUCAAAUGGCUGUAGAGACUUAAUACACCUGAAAGCACCACCCUCCAAAUCAGACUUGAGGAGCAGUGGGGCAGGUUGCCCUGCCUGACCUACCUCAGGCAGUUCUAUGGCCUAUGCCCAUAGAACCUGAGCACCCUCAGUCACUACUGUAUUUAUCCUUGCAACAUCUCUAUGAGGCAGAUCCACAGAAGCCAAAGUGAGUAACAAGUGGUGGAAGAUGGAGAUAUACCCCUUCUCUCCUUACAAUAAAAUCUGGUUUUAAUUAGGACAAUUUCACAAUGACCAGAAUUAUAAUUAGCACAUUGCAAUUCAUCGUGUAACGUCCUGGGCCCAUCUCAUCAUAUCCAUGUACCUCAUCGGGACUCUGGGAUGGGCAAAAGAGACACACCACAAAGACUCCAUCAGGUUUUACACUAAUCCCAGUACAGAACUUUGAGAAUUUUAGCCUGUGCUGUCUGAAUACAAAUAGAGUACAAACACAACCAAUAACUGUACUGAGAGUAAAAAAUUUUCAUUUGAAAAAUUGGAUGGAAAAUGGCCAUUUUCCUCAACAAACCAAUGUGCUGAAAAUUUCCAUCUCUUUUGAAAUUUUCCAAUUUGUUUGUGCAAAAACAAAACCUGAAAAUCCCCAAAUUUGGAGAGCAGGGGAGGGGUAUUGUCAAACCAGCUCUACUCAGUACUUAACUUAGUUUCGAAUCUCAGUGCUUUGAAGUAAGGAGCUUCCCCUUAACUGCAUCCUAUUACAUUGAAACACUCUGUACAACAGGAAAACUCUGAAAAUCAACUACAGUAUAAUUGCAAAGUGCAGUGUUUUGGAUCAUUACCUUAGCUCUGUUUAAGAGGGGAAUGUAUGUAAGUGAAACAGCAGGAGUCUUUGUAGAUAGGUUGUGAAAGAGGCAGGAUUAACUUGUGCAGCAUUUCAGAACUCAUGUAGCUUUCUGCAAAAAUAGCACUACGUGUCAGAAACCAUACUGGCAAGUUAGAGUGAGCAUGAAUACUGAAUUCUGUAUCAAGUUCCAGUACAAAAUAUGCUAGCACCGGCAGGGAAGAUAUGAUACUCAUUGUACCGGCAAAAAUGUUGGCAACGCCUAGAGAGCACCAGUUUCCUAAUCAGAGCACAGCUAUAUUUAAGUUGCUAAUUUAGCACCCCCAGCAGGAGCUUCCUGCACAUCAUUUGCAGAAAGGGCCUGCUGCCAGGCUUGAGGGUGUAGACCUUGGAGAUUGCUUGCGCAAGAUCUCUCACCAAAGAGGAUGGCAAGCUUGGGGAAGACAAGACUGGGCUGUGAGCCAUACCUGCUGUUAUUUUAAUAAUACCUAGCUCUUAUCUAACACUUUUCAUCAGUAGAGCUCAAAGCACUUUACAAAGAGGUCAGUAUCAUUCCCAUUUUACAGAUGAGGAAACUGAGGCACAGGGAGAUGGCAGCCCAGAUCCUCAAAGGUAUUUUAGGCACCUCACUCCCAUCAAAAUGAAAGGAGGAUCUAAGAUAAAGUGACUUGCCCAAUGUCACCCAGCAGGCCAGUAAUACAAUCCAGGUUCCCUGACUUCCUAGUCCAAUGCUCUGUUUGCUAGACCACACUUCCCAGACAGGCCAGCCUGCUAAACUAAUCCACUGAGCAAAAGACAAGUUGCACAGGCCAAUUACCAGGCUGGCUAGGAAAUCACUAGUCAACACAAGUGAGAAGGGUUUAGCAUUGCGGGAACCUGUUGAGGACUCAAAAUCAAUUGGCUGGCAAGGAGGAUGUUUAAGAAUCUUGUUCCAUCAACGUAGUCGCGCACAAUAGCCUUGGACUCAGAGGAGACCUGUGUUGAUUUUCAACUCUGUCCCCUGGCCUGCUGGGUGACCUUGGACAAGUCCUUGUAGAUCAGCUUACAAGGGAGGUUGGUGGUGGUAUCCUUAUCUUCCAGAUGAGUAAAAGUUUUUGAGACCUACUGAUAAAAAGUGUGAUGAAAGAGCUAGGUGUAAUUCACAGUACUAUUUUUCCCCUCUCCUUUUGGAAUCAGCCGUACUGGACUUUCCCCAUUUAAUUAUUUUAAAAAUGUGAGGUAGGGCAAAACUGACUAAGUAAACAACCAAAACAUUUUAACAGCCCCACAGCAUUUAGGGUUUCACAGAUGUCACUUUACUUAACAGCAGGAAGUUAUACUGGGGGUGAAAUGCCAGUGCAGGCACAGCCAAGAUGGCAAACAGUAACUGGUCACUCAAUUACAGACCUAAAAGUUGCAAUUCUUCAACAAAAAAACUUCAAAAAUAGACUCCAAAGAGAGAUUGCUGAAUUGGAAUUAAUUUGCAAACUGGACACUAUUAAAUUAGGCUUGAAUAAAGACUGGGAGUGGAUGUGUCAUUACACAAAGUAAAACUAUUUCCCCAUGUUUAUUCCCCCCUACCCCCCACUGUUCUUCACACAUUCUUGUCAACUGCUGGAAAUGGCCCAUCUUGAUUAUCACUACAAAAGGUUUUUUUUCCUCUCCUGCUGGUACCCAUUGUUUCAUGUUCUCUGUGUAUAUAAAAUCAUUCUACUGUAUUUUCCACUGCAUGCAUCUGAUGAAGUGGGCUGUAGCCCAUGAAAGUUUACGCUCAAAUAAAUUGGUUAGUCUCUAAGGUGCCACUAGGACUCCUGUUUUUCUUGCGGAUACAGACUAACAUGGUUGCUACUCUGAAAAAAGUAAACUGCCGAGAUGGACCCCAGGCUGGAAAGCACUAUGGGGCCUACUCCUAUUUCUUUUGAGGUCCACAGCCAAAAUUGGCUUCCAACGUACGACAGCAAGAUCAGGCCCUUGCUCUGUUAUGUCUGCAGCUAAGUGGAGUCAGUGAUGUGGUGUGUCCCUAUACCAUUUAAUCUCCAGCAGGGAGGAAUGUAAGUUGAGCAAGAAGGCUACUUGGGCAGCAAAGCAUGUCAGCUGCAUGUGAUCUGAGAAAGGCAAUCCCAACCACACUGAGGUACCAGGUGCAGUUCAGGGUCUGUAUCAUCAUCAUUUCCCCUCAUUAAAUGUCUUUUACAGCAGCCUUAACUCAGUCAUUAAGUUUCCAUUUGGGCUGGAAUCAAACAAGUAACUUCUUGUGUUUGUGAAGUUUGCUGUACAAAACACCCCUAAUUGCUUCAGCCAGCAGAAGAGUGUUCCAUAUACUCAUGAACUCCUGUUACCAAACACCAGGACUUCUGUGCCAUUUUGCAGAUGUGCUGAACCAGGGACAACUCCCACUGAAGCCAAUGGGAGCUGCAAAUCUGAAGUACAACUCCUCUUUUGGCAGCCCUAGUUCAUCCAGUACCAUCAAGACUGGCAAAACAGGAGUGGUUUUUGCAAAGCCAGGUGCAGCUGUUAAGAGCCAGAUUCCAGCUAUUUGGUUGGAUCUUGAUUUUCUCUCUUUCUACUCUUUCAAUCUGGUCUCUGAAGGCUCCUCACCCCACUACCAGGGCAGGGGAAGGCUUAAUUGAGCCUUCUACAACUCAGGCCAAAAAAAAAAAAAAAAAUCCCAUAGAAAACAGUUUGAAAAAACUGAUACUAAAUGCCAAAAGUUGGUGCAGAAUUCCCUGGCUUGGUAGGUUUGUGUUAAAACUACCACUCACUUCCAACCGCAGCUGAGCCUCUUUGCUUCUUCUAGUACAAGUCAGACUAGUCACUAGUUCCAGUCAGUAGGGAGCUUAAGAACAAAACUUCACCAGUGAGAAUAGGGCUAGGAG